AUUACAUUUAUUGAGGAAAGAUGGUUUCUGUUGCAGUGGACCAGAUGUUGAUGGGGAAGAAUGAACCCAAAGGAUUUUCAUUUGAAAAUUGUCGAAGAAAUGCCUUCAUGGCUAAACAAGGUGUGACCCUCCCAAAAGCUCGUAGUACUGGAACAACAAUUGUUGGCGUGAUAUUCAAUGAAGGUGUUGUGUUGGGAGCAGAUACUCGUGCCACUGGCGGCAGUAUUGUAUGUGAUCUGAACUGCGAAAAGAUCCAUUAUAUCGCAGAUAAUGUCUACUGUUGUGGAGCUGGAACUGCAGCUGAUACUGAGUUCACUACCAGGAUGGUGUCAUCUAAAAUGGAGUUGCUAAAAUUGAGAACAGGAAGAGAGGGCAGGGUUAUCAGCGCCCUAAGGAUGCUCAAACAGUAUCUCUUCAGAUAUCAAGGUCAAGUAAGUGCUGCUCUAGUCCUAGGAGGUGUGGAUGUAACAGGUCCUGCCCUCUACACAGUGUAUCCACAUGGUUCUACUGACAAGCUUCCUUACGUAACUAUGGGCUCUGGAUCCCUUGCUGCUAUGAGUGUGUUCGAGGACGGAUACAAACUUGGCAUGAAUGAAGAGGACGCCAAGAAGCUGGUUCGUGACGCUAUACGAGCGGGUAUUGUAAACGAUCUGGGGUCUGGAAGUAACGUUGAUAUCACUGUUAUCAAGAAAGGGAGUGUUCAGCAGUUCAGACCUUACGAAGUUAUCUGCAAAAAAUCUGAAAGACAAGGAGACUACACUUUCCCCAUUGGAACCACUGUGGUAACAAGCUCUCAUGAAAUGGUCCCGUUCUCAGCCCUCAAGGUCACUGAUGAAGAGGUCAUGGAGAUCUCUUAAUUUAUCACAUAUUUAAACCCAGCUCUGACGUACAUUGGAUCGCACAGUGACAUUUAACUCUUGGUUUUCAUAUUAUAGGGUUUCAUGGUUUUUGUUUGGAAAUGAUGUUGGAAACUUUGGCUGAAGUUGUUAGAGGUAUAUUUGUUAUAUGAGGGUUGAUUUGUAAUAGCCCGAGCUGUAGGAGUUUAGAUUAUAGAUAAGACAAUGUAAACAAGGGCUGGAUCUCUUGUCGAGUUGCUAUUAAAAUGGAAUGUAAAAGUAUUUCUAUUGAAAUCUAUUAUGGUAUGUGCUUUUGUACAAUCUAUAUAAUAUAAUCUUGAACGUGAUAUUUGUGAUAUCCA